UAACCCAGAGGAACUUUCACUUUAGCAGCCAUGCCAGGGUGGUUUGUGGUGACUCAGCCCGCAGUGAACACCGAACACCGUCCGUGUUUAACCAGCUGUCGGUACCACCGCCCCGCCGCUUCUCGUCUGAGCGCCAAGGAGUGAAGCUUGGUGACGGAGGAUGGAUGGAGUCAGCUGGAGCACCACCAGGUCCCAGGAGUCCUUCAGUCGCUCCACCACGGCAGCAGACACUCUGUCCAGACUCGCCAGCUUCAUUUCACAGGCCGAGGCCAAACAGCACACGCGAAGCCAGAGGCAGCUGUCCAACCACCUGGCCACGUUCUCUUGUAAAGAAUGUAGUAAGGCUUUCUCCUGUGCAGCAGAUCUGCUGCAGCACCAGGAACUGAAACACACCUUACCCAAGCCUCACCGCUGUCCCUCCUGUGGGCAGGAGUUCUCCCUGAAGUCGUCCUUACAGCUGCACAAAUGCGAUCAUGAUUCCACCCGCUGUGAACUCUGUCACGGGGCGUCGCGGCUCGGUUCUCCCUGCGCCGCAUGUACGAAUCGCACGUCGGAUCCUGGCAGGCCGCAGGAGAAGUCGCUUCACCGACAGCCUCACCUCUUGGACAGCAGCCCGUAUGCGUGCGCCCCAUGUGGGAGAGGUUUCAGCCAGAAACAGGCCCUGCUGCACCACCAGCAGGCCGGUUGCAGUGAGCCGCCAUCCCCGUCAGAUAUAGCUGAUGCUAGCAGCCUUCCAGAUGAUUCUCCUCCAGUUUCUGAGGGUGACUCCACUCGCUCUGACUGCUCGGACACCCCAGGGCCCAGCGGCAGAGCUGUCAACAUGUGCCGUCUUUGUUCAAGAACCUUCCGCACAGAAGCUGGACUGCAGCGCCACAAACUGAUGUACCAUGCAGCGGAGAGACAGGACACCAAAGCAGACAGCGCUAGGGGAGAGGCUAGAAAAGAAAGGGACCCCAAGAUAGACAGACAUCCAAAUAAAAGUCCAAAAUCCCAAAACAAGCUUCUGACUUGUCGCUCUUGUGACAUGGUUUUCAGGAGCACCUCCAAACUGUACGUACACAGAAAAGAGAAGCACAGCAGAGACAAAACUAUCGGGAGAGAGUCGAAGCCGGUCAUCAACAAGAGGAGAGUAGACACGUAUCCAUGUCAGAUCUGCGGCAAAGUCUUCUUCCAUCAUUUGUCACUUAGGGCACAUUACAGACAGCACACGGCCCGGAGCUUCACCACCAUGAAAAACAAACAGUCUGUCCGAUGUCCCACCAAAGACUCCAGGUCAUCAGAGAACACACCAAAUAAAGUAGCAGGUAAUAAGACAGUCAAGGCCGGUCCAGGGAGGCCCAGGAAAGUUCCCAAGGUUGAUGAAUCACAGACAUGUAGAGAAGUGCCUGAAGUGAAGGAGGAUGAAGUAGAAGAGGAGGAAGAGGAAUGGCAGCUGAAGGAGCACGUGGAGCUUCACCAGUCCUCCGUCAAGAGGCGACACUGCAGCGUCUGCAAGAGCGACAUGGACACCUGCAAAUGGCCGGGCUCCAAGAGGCAGCGGCUCUACCACUGUGUGCCCUGCCAGCAGGGCUUCUCAGCACUGGACUCAUUCCUAGAACACUGUCAGGAGCAUCUGCGAGCCAGAGUGGAGGAGGACAGAAUCCUGGAGGCCAGCAAAGCCUGA